CUGUAUUCAGUCUCUUUAGAAACUUCUCCAGGGGAAAAGUGUUGGGAGAUCUACAAAGUGGAUUUUUCUCUCUCUCUCUCUCUCUCCUUUCUCUCUCUCCUUUUUUUUUUUAUUCUUUCCUUUUUUUUUUUCCAUCCCCUCUCCUCCCACCUUUUUUUUUUUUUUUUUUUGACUCUCCUCCUGCAGACUUUGCACCCCACCUCCUCCCUGCCAGCAACUUUAAAUCUGGAAGAGAGAGACAGAGAGGCACAGAGACAGAGGAGGGGAGAGGUAAACUCGGCCCCGGCCCAGCCCCGCAGCCCACCUCUCCGGACCUACCUGCCCCGCGGGGGGAGCAGGCUUUGCUCUGCACGCCCCCUUCCCAGGAGACUUGCUGAGGGAUUUGCCUUUUUGUCUUUUUUUUGCAAGGGAUUUGGCUUCUUUUUUUAUUAUUAUUUUGUGGCUAUCCCUUUUGCAAGGAAUUUGCCUUUUUUUUGACUAUCCCUUCUGCUAGGGAUCUGCCCUCGUUUUGGGCUACCCCUUCUGCACAGGCUUCCCUUUUUUUUUCUUUUUUUUUUUUUGCAACUCUCCCUUUUGCAAGGAUUUAGCCUUUUCCUGACUCUCCCUUCUGCAAGGAUUUAGCUUUUUCCUGACUCUCCCUUUUGCAAAGAUUUAGUCUUUUUCCGACUCUCCCUUCUGCAAAGAUUUAGCCUUUUUCCAACUCUCCCUUCUGCACGGGAUUUGCCUUUUUCCGACUCUCCCUUUUGCAAAGAUUUAGCCUGUUCCUGACUCUCCCUUCUGCAAGGGAUUUAGCCUUUUCCUGACUCUCCCUUCUGCAAAGAUUUAGCCUUUUCCCGACUCUCCCUUCUGCAUCCCCGUUGCAAGCAGCUAGCCGGGAUGCUGCGGCGGGUGCUGGUGCUGUGCGUGUGCCUGGGCACGACGCGCAGCCUGGGCUCGCUGGUGCACUGCGAGCCGUGCGACGAGAAGGCGCUGUCGCUGUGCCCGCCCCGCCCGGCCGGCUGCGAGCUGGUCAAGGAGCCGGGCUGCGGCUGCUGCCUGACGUGCGCGCUGCCGGCCGGCCAGCCCUGCGGCGUCUACACGGAGCGCUGCGCCCAGGGGCUGCGCUGCCUGCCGCGCCCCGGCGAGGACAAGCCGCUGCACGCCCUGCUGCACGGCCGCGGGCUCUGCCUGGCCGACAAGGGCCCCGCCGACAAGGACAAGGACAAGGACAAGGACAGGGCCAAGCCCGACAAGGAGUCCCGAGAGCAUGAGGAGCCGACCACCUCGGAGAUGACGGAGGAGACCUACGCGCCCAAGGGAUACCGGCCCAAGCACCCGCGCCUCUCCGAGCUGAAGGCCGAGGCCCUGAAGAAGGACCGCAGGAAGAAGUUGACUUCGAGCAAGUUUGUCGGCGCGGCGGAGAACACGGCGCACCCCCGGGUCGCUGCCCCCGAGCUGAGGCCAGAGUUUGAGCUGGGUCCUUGCCGCAGACAGAUGGAGGCAUCGCUGCAAGAGCUCAAAACUAGCCAGCGGAUGAUCCCCAGAGCCGUGCACCUUCCCAACUGCGACAGGAAGGGUUUCUACAAGAGGAAACAGUGCAAGCCGUCCCGAGGCCGGAAGCGCGGGCUGUGCUGGUGCGUGGACAAGUACGGCCUGAAGCUGCCAGGGAGCGGGUACGUGUCCGGAGACCUGCAGUGCCACCACUUCGACAGCAGCAACACCGAGUGAACCCCCCGCCGAGACCUCCCCGACCCCCGUGCCUCCCCGCGCCCCGGACUCGGACUCCUUUCAUCUCAUUUUUAAAUAAAAAGAAACAAGCUGAAGAACCUGAGAACCUUGGAAUCGACAGUCCGUCCUCGACCUCGGCGACGGCGGCGACAGAGACUGACAGAGGACAGGAAAGGAGGAGCAGAAAGACAAGCCAGUGGCUUCCUCCACGCCUCAUCCCUGCUCCCCGCGACUCCCCCGGCCACGGCUCCCCGCUCCCCGCCGAGGAGCGGAGCCAGCACGAGCCUGUAGGAAUUGCUCGAAAGCACUUGAGUUGGUGUUUUGCUCUUGUGGGUUGCUUUGAUUUUUUACUAUUCCUUCAUUUUUUAAUUUUUUGUCCCGGAUUAGCUAGCCGCUUCCCCCGUGGUCUCUAGAGAAGACGGAGGAGCCCCGCCACGAGCAACACUCCCGCUCCUUCCACUCGAGUCCCUUCUUCCCCUUCCCAUCUCCUCUGCUAGGACUUGAGUGGCUUUGAUUUUUCUCCUCCUCUCUAUCAAUAUAUCUAUAGCCAUAGAUAUAUGCAGAUUGUUGGGGGGUCAUAGAUAGCCUUUUAUAUACCUUUUUUUAAUGGUUUGCCUUAUGCGAGGGAGCAGGUCAGCGGCGCGGACGCCAACCAAAUGCAUCGGUAGACUUUCGGAAAAACAACCCCGCCUUCCCGAUCCCUCGGGGGAAAGGGGUGGCGUCCCUUAAGCAGGAGAUCGUAUUUCCUGGCACAUGUGACUCUGUUGAGCUGUUCUCCAUCAGCGUGGGGACGUCCGUGGUCUGUCGCCUCCUUGCAAAACCGGCCCCUGGCCCGAACACCGGUGCUUUCAACUUCAAGUGCAGAGCCGUUCCCUCGACCCAUCUCCCGGGCUUGUCGCAGACAAACGUCCCUUGCAAAUCGACCGCGACAGUUCAAGCCCGUGCAUUACUGAAGGGGUUGCGGGAUUGGGGCGUUCCUCAGCCACCCCGGCACCAUUUAUGUCACGAUGAUGAUGAAGAUGAAGACGGUGAUGGAGAGAAACUAAUGACAUUUUUAAUUGCCCAUCCAAAUAGGUGUUUGCCCCAGGCCAAGAUGCUGUUUCAAGGCUGGCGAAUGCUAUACACCCAUGCACACACAGAUACGUGCAAGCCCGUAUCUAUUUUUUCCCCUAGUCCAGUGUUCAGACACCCCUUUCAAGGCUCCUACAGACGGUUUCCAUUCGCUCCGUACAGUCAGAGCCCCCCAAGCUCGACCCGAGCAAACCGGGGGGCCUCAGGGCAUGUAAAUCCAAUGGACUCAAGCUGCUUCUCCAGGCUUAGACAGACCGCGACAUCCUUGGGACUCUUACUUUUCUUCUUGACUCUUGAGACUGUUUCUUCUCUUAUUUCACCACGACAAGGGUCUUGGCUAGGUUUGCUUCCACGGAGAUCCUGCAGGAAAUAAAACAGCCCUCCAGGGAAAGGAGCAAUGGGCUCAAUCCUUGCUUUGGAGACCUACUAGCGAUUAAGAAACCUCUCCCUGUUGCUAGUUGUCUGAGUGUGCAGACACGCACGUGUACACGAGACAGCGACUGUUCCCUCCCAGACGAGGAUUGCCGUGCGACGGGCCGGGAGCACGGCCGGACGACGCGCUGACACCCGGCAGAAGAAGGAUGCCCGCUGCGAGCGCAGGUCAAAGGGAACCGGCGAGCCUCCGUGAGGGAUGAUAGCUUUGUGCUAAAGGGACACGGGUCCAGCUCUGUCUCCCUCCCGCCCUGGACCUAGGAGGCAGCUUCUCUUCUGGUUUCACUCUGGAUUGCAUUGGCGCGGGAGGUUGGGUGGAGGGGAGCAGAGGAGCGGGCUUCUUGGCGAGUCCCGGGUGUGAAACAGGGCUGCCGGGUGGCCUCGAAAGGCCUCGUUCUGCGGCCUUGGGGCAGAAGGAUUGAGGAGGCUUUGAACCAUGCUCCUUGUUCCCCGGUGCUACGGAGGGUCCUGCCAGGCCUCCAGCAGACCUCGAGAGCGGCCUCCGGGCUGCUCUACCUCGUCCUCUGCAAAAAAGCCUCGUGCACCGUGCUCCGGUCCAUCUCCUCGCCGGCUGGGCGUAUUGCACAGCGGCCUUGGAGGUUCCCUGAAUUGGGGGGGAUGCUCGGGGGGCACUUUUUCUGCACCUGCAAAGACCCCUCUCUGCUGCUGCGCUUGUGUGAAGGGUCCUUAGUGUCACUGGGAUCAGGACCAAGCCACGUGAAUAGCAGAGAGGAGAAAAAUGGCAGGAACACCCCCCCCCGACCCAUCUCCAUCACCAGGGAUGGGGAUUUCCUGAGGGUCUCACUCCUGGCUGUCACAUCCACUGGGUUGCAUCCAGCAAGGUGCCUAAACCGCUGCACACCAGAGAGGCUGGUCGCCACAUACAAAGCCAGGGCCUAGCUCAGCGUCCGCCUCUCCCCCCUACAAGGUGCGGGGCUGUGCAGAUCCAGUCUCCCUCGGUGCCGCUUUCCCUGCAUGCAUUACCGCAGGCAUCUCCGGGGUCAGAGCAGGAGUUUUUGGGUGGUGAUGGAGGGCGUUGGAGGGGAUCGGGGAUGCUCCAGCUUGGCAGCGGUGGGAGAAAGGGUGGAUGGCUUGGAAAGGGGUUGAGUAGUGGGGCAAAGAGAAAGCCCCUCCUUGAGAGAGGGCCGUGCCCCAGGCAUGAUGGCGUCCCAUGGGUAGGCCUUCCCUUCUCUCUUCCUCCGACUGUCCCCACGAGACCACUCUCGCCUGCCUAUGGCCAGUACCACCCUCGUCCGAGACGCCUCCCUUUCCCCUCUCUCUCUUGUUCUUUUCUUUAUCUAUCUAUCUAUCUAUCUAUCUAUCUAUCUAUCUUUUUUUUAAUUGUAUUUUAUUUCUCAAAACUUGAAAGCCUUUGGCUGCAUGGGGAGGAUCCUGCCUGGUCUGGCAUGGGGUCGAGCUGUGGUUGUGGUCAGGGGAAGGCAGCGGUGUGACUCCCAGCUGUGCUGGGACCCUGUAGCUUUUGUCCCGAGACCGCUCCGGGAUGCGCUUCUGGGGCCUGCUUGAGGCUGGGCUUGACCCCCAGGCUCUGGGUCAAGCCCUGAUCCUGACCCCUGCCUCUAUGGGGUGGACUCCUGCAAGGGGCAGAGAGCAGGAUGCGUCCCUCUGACCGAUGGGCAAUAGGAAGUGGAAAUGGAGGCUGGUCCCUAGACCAGAAAACACAGGCAGUAGCCAAGAGAAACCACCCCUGCACCGAUGUGUGCACACGUGGGUGCACGCAGGUGUGUCCCCAGGUAACCAGUGCUCUCUAAGAGGCGGCUGCCACCUUCUAGCCCCUUAGGAGUCUUCUCCCCCUCUGAAAUCAGCCCACGAGAUCCUCUGCCCUGUGGCUCGGGCUGCAAAGCCCAUCUGUGCGCGCGGUGCUGCCCAGGGCAGCUUUGGCCCAUUGAAAAUACCCUGCUGCUUUUCAGACCUGGGAAGGCUCGAAUGACCUGUCGUGCCGAGCUCCCGGCGCGUGGGUCUGCAAGGGGCUGAGAGCGGGUUUGUCCGCACGCAGGGGGGAGACCCCAGGAGAGGCAGCACCGUGCGGCCGCUGGACCUGUGCACACAGCUGCAGGGCUGACUUCUGCUGAGCGAGAGGCGUCCGUGGUGCACUGACCACGUCACUCCCCAUGUUCGAGCAGCCUCUGCAGGGUCCUUCCUGAUGAUCCUCUGCCCUCCAGUUUGCUAUGGGAGGGAUCCCAAGUCCCCUCAGUCUCCUCUGCCUCCUUGAGGAAGGUGUCCCACGCACCGUCCAGGGUCUUGCAGGGGGAAAGCCGGUGCUUGCCUUGCCUUCUCCUUCAACCGCUGUGCUAGCCAAAGAGCAGCGGGGCGGGCGGCAGCCCGAAGGAAGGGCUCCCUGGGGUUCGGACGCAUCGGGAACAGCCUUUCCAAGCAAGGGGGUGCAGACAGCUCCUCACCCGCUGGGUUAUCCCUUGUCUGUGCUGCAGCGGACACUCUGAUUUUAUUUUUAUUUUUUUUUAUAAAAACCACUAGUACAAGAGCAUUUUGCACUAUUUCUCCUCCCUCUCUGUCCUGCCCCGCCUCUCUCUUUGGUGUUUUUCCUUAAUGGCGUGCGUAUAUUUAAACCCUCGACAAUUCACCUCGAUUCCAGACAGCUGUCCUGGUAAGCAGCAGCUCGGCUCACCACGUGAUGCACUGCGCUGACUCCCACCUGCCCCGCCACCGCCCGGGUACCGUCCUUCCACCGUACCGUUAUAGCCCAUUAUAGCACAGUUGUUAACACACCGGAUUUGGAGGUUCCUGCCUGGUUUUAUCUUUAAGCAAUACUCACUACACAUUUUUACGGUAGCUCUUUAUAGCUUUACAUACAUACAGUAGCUCUGAUUUCUUUUUUUUUUUUUUUUUUUUUUUCAGUAAAUGAGAAAUAUUCAUAAUCUUACUGGUGGAGAAAGAAAAAAAAAUUAAAAAAAAAAACAAAAACCACAAGUUUGUGAAAAACAGACCAUGGAAGAGGAGCGUACUGCUCUGUUUUAGCGUUUUGUACUUUAAAAAAAAAAGAAAAACAAGAAAAAAUCUCACAUUUUAUUAAAGUGACGACCGCUGUAUACUAUUUAUUCAACUUAUAAUUUAUGUUACUCUUUGAUCUUUGUCUUUUCUCAUGACAAAGCAUUUAUUUAAUAAAGUUAUGCAUUCAGUUA